GUGUUUGUCCUUUUUCCAGAACACAAGAUACUGAACGUGGGGCCAACAGAGCCAUGGUCCGUCAGGGAGAAGCUGUGCCUGGCCUCCUCUGUUAUGAGGAGCGGCGAUCAAAACUGGGUCUCUGUAAGUCGAGCCAUCAAGCCUUUCUCAGAGCCCGGCCGUCCGCCCGACUGGUUCUCACAGAAGCACUGUGCCUCACAAUACUCGGAGCUGCUGGAGGCCACAGAAGCACCCAAGCGUAAACGUGGUGAGAAGGGCGAGGUGGUGGAAACCAUUGAAGACGUCAUCGUUCGUAGGCUAACCACCGAGAGGAUAGAGGAACUGAAAAAACUACUACGAGACUCACAGGAGCAGUACAGGAAGUUGAAGAAGGAGGUCGAUCUCAUCCAGACGGGUCACAUGGACUCCCAGCUGAAGGAGCUGUGGACAGAAAUCACGCUAAAGAAGAAGCAAGAUGAGGAAGAAGCAGAACAGAAGAGGAAAGCCACAGAAUCUGCAUACCAAGCUCGUCAGGCGGUGAAAAACACGCCUAAGCGUCUGCCCAGUGUAACUGUGCGCUCUCCCCUGGGUGCUAGCCCCCCCACCAUGGACUGUCAGGCUGACUCUUCGGUCCCCACGCCACCCAUGGACACGGGAAGUGUUACCUCAGACGACACCACCACCCACUCAGUUGCUCAGGGGGUCGGAGUGUUUCUACCUGCAGCGGAUGCUACCGGCCCCAAAGAUGGAGGCCUGGGCGCUCUAGUAGACGAUUCGCCACAAAAGAGACUCUUAGCCCAGAAGGCCACACCACCACCGUCGCCUCUCCUGUCAGAACUCUUGAAAAAAGGAAACCUCAUCUCAGCCAGCCCUCGCCUGGUCGGGGAGGGAGACUCGACCGGAAGCCUCACCAACGGAGUUCAAACAGCCACCGCGGUCACUGCCUUACCACCUGGUCAUGAAGUCAUCACAGAGGGUGAAGCAGAAGCUGCGGUGAAGGCAGAGCUUGGUGAGGAGACGGGGUUAGUAGAAGAGGACCUCGUAGCUGUGUCUUACAUGGGAGACGAAUUGGACCUGGAGACAGUAGGAGACAUCAUCGCCAUCAUAGAGGAGAAGGUCGAUGACUCUGUGGAAGCUUUGGAUGCAGCAGCAGUGGAAGCAGCUCUCUCUCUGUGUGAAGAGGCCGUCUCGGAAGGACACACCCUCCCUGGUCCCUGGGAGACGCAGGAGCUGAAGGCUUCGGACCCAGCGCCCGCCGUGCAAGACUCCGAUCCCACACAGGAGUCUCAGGAUGUGGCCGCAAUGUCCAACCUGAUCCCCUCAGGCAUAGAGACCCAGAAUCAACCAGAAACUAAAAGAGAAGAACAGCUGAAGGGAAACUGCGAGGGACCCGAGGUGACGGGAAGCGAUGUCACCUCUGAUGACGGUGCAACGGGAAGUGAGGUCACGGAGGAGGGGGUGGCAGGGAAGGAGAGCACUGAAACAACGGUGAAGAGUGAAGGAGAGGAAUGGAGCCAGCCUGAGCCUAACCCACCUUGUCUAGACUCAGAGGACAGCUCUGUGUCUGGGAAAGAGUCCAAGGAGGUGAAGGAGGAGGAAGCGGGGAGUGAAGGUGACCCAGAAGAAGGGAUGGAGCUGAAGGAGGAGUGCGGGGAAGGGGAGGGUCCUUAUUUGUCAGAGGUGGAGCGGGCGGCCAGCGAGAGUGAGGACGGUUACGGCCCGCCGUCGCAGCGCUACACAGCCGACUCACUGGCCAGCAGCCCGGCCUCUUCUUCCCAGCUAUCUACAUGUGGUGAGGACCAGGAGGCAGUUCAGGCCCAGAAGAUCUGGAAGAAAGCCAUCAUGCUGGUGUGGAGAGCCGCAGCCAACCACAGGUAUGCCAGCGUCUUCCUGCAGCCUGUGUCAGACGACAUCGCCCCUGGUUACCACAGCAUCGUACACAGACCCAUGGAUCUGUCAGCCAUAAAGAAGAACAUCGAGUCCGGUGUGAUCCGUACCACGGCGGAGUUCCAGCGGGACAUCAUGCUGAUGUUUCAGAACGCCGUCAUGUACAACUCGUCGGACCACGACGUGUACCACAUGGCUCUAGAGAUGCAGCGCGACGUCCUGGAGCACGUCCAGCAGUUCCUGGCCACCCAGCUCAUCAUGCAGACGUCGGAGAGCGCCAUCUCCGCCAAGAGCCUCCGCGGCAGGGAGGGAAACCGUAAGCCGGGAGAGCCGGCUGAGAAGGACGGAGGCACCAGGGGUCGCCGUAGUGCCAUGGAGGCCGACCUGAAAAUGAAGAAAUAAGACUCUGAGCUUUCAGAGAAAGAGACGCUCUUUGAAUCAGAGAAGGUGGAGCUGAUGGUCGUUUCACUGAAGAGGACCAUGUGCGCCUGGUGUGUGCGUGUGUGUGUCUGUCUGUAUACACACUUAUUUAUCUGUGCUUUGGCGUAGACGAGGGUAUAUGUGAAUGGAUCUGUCUGUCAGUGUGUGUGUCUAAAGAGAGCGGAGUCAAGCUUCCUCUUCUCCAGUUCAUAUGAUUGGUUAAUGUGCAGCCCGAACAAGCCGGAGCGCCACUUUACCCCCCUACAAGUAUCAUUUCACCAGCGAAGGUACUAACCUCUGCAGAGGAGGAACAGAAAAGAGUCACCAGCAAACGUUUGUUUGGGUUCAAAUAUCAGAGGGCAGGUCGAGGUCGCCCUUACGUGUCAGAUUUGCUCAUGUUAAAUCACGGAUGCAUUAAUACCGGUACCGCAUGUGCAACUGAAUCUAUAUCCGUUUGAUCACUGCUAAAAUACGAGUGUGAGAUCCACAUAGAAGAUAUCUGAACAGCCGGAUGUUCUGCCUUUGUUUGAAUAAUGUAAUGUCGCUAAGAAAAGCUGACGAUGUCACAGGAGCUUUCGUCUGCUUUCCUUUUAGUAACGGGUGAGAAUGCCCCUCGGUGUUCUCUACGUUUCAGCCCAUUAACUGCAAAUUGCGUUUACAUUUCUGCCGACUGUUUUCUUUUUUUUUUAGAUUAACUACCUGCCUCCGAGCAGCUAUUAAAUUCACGAAACUAUGAAAUCAAACACUUAAAAUCAACCUCAGAGCUAUCAGGAGAUGUGAUUCAUUCAUCACUGUAAACGUGGUGGUGCCUUCUGUCAGAGCGACGUGUCUCUAAUCCGGUGCUGCAUCUGAAAACCGAUAAACUAUGUCAAGAACACACACUAGAUAUCAUGAAGUCUUGAACUUUUUUUCAUGAGGUUGCUAUUCAGGAGUAGACCUCUAUAACUCAGCUGUCAGCAUGUCCUUGAAAGCGUCAACACUUACAAAGCCAAUCCUGCUCGGAGGUUUACUAUCAUUACUAUCACCCCUGAGCACGAGGAUGCCACAGGCCGACUACAUGUUUCUUCAGAGCUGACAAAUGAUGUAGAACUGAGAAAGUCAGCCGAGUUGUUCCUUUAUUUCAAUCUUGUCUCCUAAUUUUGUGUUGCAUUCGAGUACUCAUCUGAAAACGGGAAAACAAAGCUAGAUAUCAUGGAAGUAAUGCAUGUUGGCGUGUCCUUGAAAGCGUCGACACAUUAACUAAACUGUUUUACAACCACGUGAUAAUCAACAGCUCAUUUAUUAACCUAAAAAAACCCGUCUUUUUUAUGUUGUAGUGAAAUAAAUGGAUCUAAAAAUCAAAGAAGACAUCAGUGUUGUAUUCAAGAUCACCUAAAUCAUGACCUUUGUCUGAAUGCAUGUGAUGGUAUAUAGAGAGGCGUGAGCGCCGUUAACAGGACCAAAAAUUUAAGAUAGAAAUUAUUGGAAGUCGACUCCAAUUACAGUGAUGAUGUAAAUAGGUCCAGCCUCGAGUACUACUACUCUCUAAAUAGUCUGCAGUUAUGUAAAAUAAGACGUUUAGUUGUGUUUGUUAAUGGGCUGAAACACUACAUGGAGACAGUAUUGAUGCAUCCCUACUCGUCUCUUUAGGACGUAGCCGGCAUAAGAAACAUGUUUGUGUAACGUGUGUUAGAUGGAAAAAAAAAAAACCCUAAUCAAGUUUUGUACCUGUGAGAUGGAUCGUGUAGAGUUUUGUGUUCGGGUAGCUGAUACAUGUAUCAUGUGUUCUGUUGUACAUUUGUUAAAUAAAGAUUAUUUGAAGUU